AUGAGAUUGGCCCGCAUAAUUGAUUAUCUUUACACCCAAAGCGAGCAAAUAACUAAUUUAAGCAAAAAGGAGUAUUUAAGUCUUGGAGUUAGCUUUUAUGACUUUAAGUUAUUGUUACAAUUAUUACAACCACUGCGAAUAAUUACGCUCCAAAAUAGUUAUAAAAACAAAAACUUCCUCCCUCAUUUACCCGGUAGGUUUUUAACUCUUAAUAAUGGUUAUGGUCUGGAAUUUCCUACUCAGAAAAUUUCCUCACUAAAAGUAAAAAAAACCUUAAUAAGUUUGGGCGAGAUAUUAGUUGAACAAAGGAAUAAUUUAGGUCAAGAUGAAACCCAACUCACUGCCUUAGCCGUAUCCAGUGGCUUACUUACUCAGCAAUGUGAAGAUUUAAGUAAAAAACUAACCGCUAGCGAACAAAAAGAAGCCCAAACCAAACUAGAAAAGGAAAUCCAAGUUAAUUUAUUACAGCAAAAAGACCAAGAAGAAAAGAUAAAAAACUACCAAAAUAUUCUUCGCCAAGCGGAAGCAAAUUUAACUAACUGUCAGAAAAUAAUCACUACCAAGAGUGAAGAAUUAACCAAACUAGAAGAAGAAAAAGAAAAGAUUAAUGAAGAAUUAGAAACCGCCCAAGAGAAAAUUAAAGAUUUAGAAACUAAUUUCUUAGCGUCCCAAACUAAAAUAAUGGAAUUAGAAGCCCGUAUCCAAGAAUUAGAAAAAGAUAAUACCGAAUUAGCCCAAAUUAAAUUAAAAGAAAAACAAUUAGCAGAAAAAAUCCAAGCACUAAAAGCCCGUAUCCAAGAAUUAGAAAAAGAUAAUAGUAAUUCCCAAGAAUUAGAAAAGAUUAAAAAAGAGCUAGAAAAGCCAAAAGAAACUGCCACAACUACUAAUUGA